CCCGCUGCCGCUCCGCUCCGUUCCGCCGUUCGCUCGGUUCGCACGGGCACGGGCUUCACCACAGUCGGGCCUAGGACAAGGCUCCCGAGUUUGCCUCCCGAAGUCUUUGUUUUGAGAAUGAACUUGCCAAACAAGUGUCACAGUAUCGAAUCUAUUCCAAGUGGUCUAGCUCACUGUCUUUAAAUCGACGUCGUCUCGAGGUGUCCGCGGAAAGCCUCGGAACAAUUUGAAAUGUCGUCUCCGCCUACACCUAAUGCUCCUGGUGGCUCUCCACCCCUCACAUCAAUAUCUCCUCCACAAAUGAAUGGCACGAUCCCACAUGCUGGACCCUAUUCCAUUCUGUCCAAGAACUUUGGUUGUGGGCCCAUCAAUGAUGAUAGCACGUGGCCAGGCUCAGGGCAGUCCACGGUUCCGGGGUCGCAGACUUCCACAUCCCCUGAUAUUGCUCCUCCAGGUGGACCACCUGUCGCCCCAGCUGGGGCUGUCGGUCCACCAGCUGCAGUUGCCCCACCUGGAGCUCUAGGACCUGCCAACCAACCCAAUCCACCACAAGCACCAGAACUUCCUAUGUUCAACUGCCCCAGACGGCCAAAUCUAGGUCGCGAUGGACGAACCAUUCUGUUGCGUGCCAAUCACUUUCAAGUCACUAUGCCUCGUGGCUUUGUGCACCACUAUGAUAUCAACAUACAACCAGACAAAUGUCCUAGAAAAGUUAAUCGUGAAAUUAUUGAAACUAUGGUACAUGCCUACAGUAAGAUUUUCGGCACACUUAGACCGGUCUUUGAUGGACGGAACAAUUUGUACACAAGAGAUCCCCUACCGAUUGGAAAUGACAGAGUAGAAUUAGAGGUGACCUUGCCUGGAGAGGGUAAAGACCGUGUUUUUCGUGUUAAUAUCAAGUGGGUUGCACAAGUGUCACUCUUCGCUUUAGAAGAGGCUCUUGAAGGUCGCACAAGGCAGAUCCCAUAUGAUGCAAUUUUGGCUUUGGAUGUUGUUAUGAGACACUUACCAUCAAUGACAUACACACCAGUGGGUAGAUCAUUUUUCUCAUCCCCAGAUGGAUAUUAUCAUCCACUAGGUGGAGGCCGAGAGGUGUGGUUUGGUUUUCAUCAGUCUGUUCGACCAAGUCAAUGGAAAAUGAUGCUUAACAUUGAUGUUUCUGCAACUGCAUUUUAUAAGGCUCAGCCUGUUAUUGAGUUUAUGUGUGAGGUACUUGACAUCAGAGAUAUCAAUGAACAGAGGAAGCCGUUGACUGAUUCUCAACGUGUGAAAUUCACCAAAGAAAUAAAGGGCCUGAAAAUUGAAAUAACUCAUUGUGGCACUAUGCGACGCAAGUACAGAGUUUGUAAUGUUACUCGUCGGCCAUCACAGAUGCAGUCGUUCCCCUUGCAACUGGAAAAUGGUCAAACUGUUGAAUGUACAGUUGCUAAGUACUUCCUUGACAAAUAUAAAAUGAAGCUACGGUACCCUCAUCUACCCUGUCUUCAAGUCGGUCAAGAACACAAACAUACCUACCUACCACUGGAGGUGUGCAACAUUGUUGCUGGUCAGCGUUGUAUCAAAAAGCUGACUGAUAUGCAGACUUCAACCAUGAUUAAAGCUACUGCCAGAUCAGCACCCGACAGAGAACGAGAAAUCAACAACUUAGUUCGCAGAGCUGACUUUAACAAUGAUGCCUAUGUACAAGAGUUUGGAUUGACGAUCUCAAACCACAUGAUGGAAGUCCGUGGCCGUGUCUUGGCCCCUCCAAAGCUUCAAUAUGGGGGAAGGCCGUCUUCCUCUUCACAGUCGUUGUCAGCAUUAUCUGGACAAAUUAGUGGACACAUUGGCAUGGCUAAACAGCAAGCUCUGCCAAUUCAAGGAGUCUGGGACAUGCGUGGAAAGCAAUUCUACACUGGUGUGGAAAUCCGGGUUUGGGCCAUUGCCUGUUUUGCUCCACAACGAACAGUCAGAGAAGAUGCAUUAAGGCUGUUCACCCAGAAUCUUCAAAAGAUAAGUAAUGAUGCUGGGAUGCCAAUUAUUGGACAACCUUGUUUCUGCAAGUAUGCUACCGGGCCAGAUCAGGUAGAGCCUAUGUUCAGAUACUUGAAAACUACUUUCCAAGCCCUUCAGCUGGUUGUGGUUGUAUUACCAGGAAAAACACCUGUUUAUGCUGAAGUAAAAAGAGUGGGUGACACAGUUAUGGGUAUGGCAACUCAAUGUGUUCAAGCCAAGAAUGUGAACAAAACAUCCCCCCAAACAUUGUCAAACUUGUGUCUCAAGAUUAAUGUGAAGCUGGGUGGCAUCAAUAGCAUUCUAGUGCCAAGCAUUAGACCUAAAGUGUUUAAUGAGCCUGUCAUAUUCCUUGGCUCAGAUGUCACUCAUCCGCCAGCUGGCGACAAUAAAAAACCAUCCAUUGCAGCAGUUGUUGGAUCAAUGGAUGCCCACCCAAGCAGGUAUGCUGCUACUGUUCGAGUACAACAGCAUCGCCAGGAAAUUAUUCAAGAGCUGAGUUCCAUGGUGCGGGAGCUUCUUGUUAUGUUCUAUAAGAGUACUGGUGGUUAUAAACCACAUCGUAUCAUUCUGUACCGAGACGGUGUAUCAGAAGGUCAAUUCCUAGCAGUACUCCAACAUGAACUGACAGCUAUUAGAGAGGCUUGUAUAAAAUUAGAAGGAGAUUACAAACCGGGUAUUACCUUUAUUGUUGUUCAGAAAAGACAUCACACAAGAUUGUUCUGCUCUGACAAAAAAGAGCAAUCUGGGAAAUCUGGCAACAUUCCAGCUGGAACAACUGUGGAUGUUGGUAUCACUCAUCCUACUGAGUUUGAUUUUUACCUGUGCAGUCACCAAGGCAUCCAAGGCACAAGCCGUCCAAGUCAUUACCAUGUCUUGUGGGACGAUAAUCACUUUGACUCUGACGAACUUCAGUGCUUAACGUACCAGUUAUGCCACACAUACGUUAGAUGCACACGCUCUGUUUCCAUUCCUGCCCCUGCCUACUAUGCCCACCUUGUUGCCUUCCGUGCACGGUAUCACUUGGUUGAGAAAGAACAUGACAGUGGAGAAGGCUCCCAUCAAUCAGGUUGCAGUGAAGAUAGAACGCCAGGUGCAAUGGCUAGAGCCAUUACAGUGCAUGCUGACACGAAGAAGGUCAUGUACUUCGCGUAAUUGUUCUGUGUUAAUUUUAGGAUUUCUUACCUUAUUGACUAAUAUCAGCAGAUGACUUCAUCACUCUCCUCUGAUGUUAAAUCUUUUCUUCCCAAAGUCACGCAGAGAACCUAUAUUGAAAUCAUUAUUGUACAUAAUUUCCCAUUUUAUUCAUUAACUCAUUUAUUGGCUAAGCCACAAGGGUGAAACUACAUUGUACCAUAUCGGUCUAGGGUUCACAGUGACUGAAGGAAUGUUAUGCUACUAUCCAAAUGUUUGUAUACAUAAUUAUUUUCUUCCUUUUUGUGCUGAUUUGUUGAAUGCACAAUUUAUAUUCAGUGAUUGGAAUUUGCUUCUAAAUACAAGAAAUGAAGAGUUUUGUUAGUCUGUCUUCAAGAUAGGCUGGUGGAAUUAAUAAUCGACUAUGCUAAUUCAUUAAAUAGUUCCAUCUGUGAGCUAUUCUUUCAUUACCUUCAAUGUGUACCUUAGCCUUUCUUUGUGUUCUGGUAAAUUUACCUUUGUAAAUGUCUCCUGACUUUCAAUCACAAAUAUUUAUAGUAUAUAUUUCAUGUAAGAACUACUUUAUGUAUUUUGUGGAGGUACAAUAUAAGUUCUGUAACACCUUCCAGGUUUUGUUGGCCACUAGUAAUUACUUGUAAUUAAGAAAGUAUGGGAUAUAUCAUGCUGAUUUGGAUGCCGUACCUUAUGAAGAUGAACUGUACUGAUUAAAAUGGUGUAUUUUUUUUUUUAGUAUCUACUAAGAAAACGAGGCAUCAACAUUUUAGUAAGUUUCAAUGUGAAAGGGCAAGUAAUCUUAAGCUAUGUUUCAGUUGAAAGAAAUCAUUAAUUUUACUGCUAGACAUAAAAAUGGAAUCUUUUCUUUGAUAGAUGUGUAUAUAUUUGAUAGAUAUGCUACUUAGUUUAUGUUAACAGUAGCUGUAUGCUGUGCCACAAAUCGCUGUAUGUGGAUUUCUGCAUCAAAUCCAUGGGAUUUUUUUCAUGUGUGUUUGUGGUCUCCACAGAGUUUAUUUGCUUCUAAUCAUGUUUGACUCUCAUUUAUUAGAAGGGAUAUAGAACCCUUAUAGAUUUUUAUCAAAUUGGACCUCGUAAUCAAUCAAAGGUACCGUAUUUACUUAAACUCAUGAGCCACUUUUUCCUGUUUUAUGUCCAUUGGUGAAUCAAUGCAGCAUCUCUAUUCAAGCUGUGGCUUGAUUUUUGCGCGGACAAGAUUCUUGUAAUGCAGUUACCAGUAUUUGACUUUUAUUUAUUUUUUAUGAAUGCUUCAGUUAACCAAUAAAUCACUUCACGUUUUCA